ACACACUCUCUCACAAACAUUCUAAAAAAAGCAAUAAAUAUAGUAUUGUCCAGAUCAAUAUAGCCUACUACCUUGCAACCCAACGAACCAAUCACAGUCUGUUACAUGUCUUCCGUGACGCGCCUUACCGGUCUCCACAUUGACAUUUCUCUCCAUGUAGACGAUACCACUGAACUUCCAUUCACCAGUUCGUGUCGGCAUUGAUCGUCAACGAACAUGUCUGGCCCUACAUUCGCACGAGCUGCUGCGAUUACGCAAGUCUUGGGUCAGUCAGGCCGUCGUUAUGCCGUCGAACGGAUCCUCCAGGACAAACCUGGGAAACAAGGACGUGUGUAUCUUGCGACGUCAAGAAACCGAAAAUACGUCUUGAAAGGUGUUGCGCCACAUGACUUCAAGUACUUUAAGGACAUGUUCGAAGACCUUCGGAGCUCACCCUACGUACGCGUGUCCGAUGAUAUCGUCCCCGAAGAAUCCAUGUUUGCAUAUAAGUACCUCCGAGACCACUUACUAUCUUUCGUCCAACAAAAUAUUCCGCUUCCUACAACGAAGCGAGUUCUCCGGGAUGCCCUGCGUGGGAUUGCUGUUCUGCACGACAAGGGGAUCGUCCAUACCGAUAUCAAGGCGGACAACAUUUUGGUAGACUGGAAACAGCAGAACAGUGAGAUAGUUGUUGAGCAGGUGCAGGUUGCUGACAUCGAGGAUGCGGCCUAUGUACCAGAAAAUUGUGCCAUUAAGGGAAGACAGGUUGGAAAUUGGAUGUGGCGAAGCCCAGAGGCACACGCCUCCGCUCAAGUGCAUACGCCAUCGGACAUGUUCUCUUUUGGUAUUGUGUGUAUCUAUGCCAUCACGAAGCGAGUGAUAUUCGCAGUAGACGAAGAAGAGGUCCCAGAGGGAAUCGAGAUUCUGGACAUCGUUCUCGAACGUCAGAUUUCAUACUUCGCUGAUCUGGAGGGUAUAGGUGGCUUUAUUCGAUACCUUAGCGACAGUCCUUGGGCUCAACUCAUCGCCAUGGUAGCUGCGGACUUCAAUGCAGAUAAUCCGAGGCGACCGUUUGGAAUGUGGCAGGAUCUCGACCCAGUCUUCAAGGAUCUUGUGGUACGAAUGAUGAACGUGGACCCUACGCGACGACUCACAGCCAAAGAGGCAUUGGCACAUGUUUGGUUCGCAGACGUUCUGUGACGGACCGGACCGUGAUUGGCUUUGUGGAUGAUAAACAAUGGAAUGGUGGUUUGCAUGUAGAUUAGUGACACCGAAAUUGAGGCGGGUGUGAGCAAUUAUUUUAACGGUAUUGUGAUUGUAUCUGAAAGAUGUGCUGGAGGGGCUCGCAGUAGAAACCUGGCGCUAGGAACCUCCAGAUGUCUGUUCAGCACCAUGGAUACAAGAUUUUGGGCGAUCUAGUUGUCGCUGAUGUACGAGUUAUGUUGCAGAAGGACGUCUGCCUUCUCAUACC